CUAUGUUAUUACAAGAAUACAAUAUUGAAAAAAUUAUUCACAUUAAAAGACAACAGAAUUGUCUUGCUGAUUAUUUAUCUCGUAAUCCAAUACAAUCUGACCCUGAAGAAAUAUUUGAAGAAGACUAUGGUAUUCGUACACUAUUUAUUGAGGAACCGCCGGUUUCGGCGUCUGUUCCCGUUGAUAAAUAUUCUGUUAUAGGUGCUGUUGUUACACGUUCAAUGAAGAAACAACUUGUUCAGCAAGAAUCUGAACUAGACAAAUCUUCAUUACCACCGGAAAAAGAAUCAGAUUCAUCUUCAUUAGAACAAUUCAAGGAUUUAUCAUCUCAAUCACAAGUUAAUUCACAUACUUGUAAUCAGUUUGAUACAAAACAAAUUAAAUUGGAACAAGCAAAAGAUCCUGUUAUUCAGAAAAAGGUUAAAGAAAUUAAACAAAAUCCUACACGUGGUUCAUUUGUUUUGCACGAAGGAUUAUUAUAUAAAUUGAUGCCGAUGAAUUUAUCAAAUAUUACUAAAAUUAAAUUAAUUUAUAUACCUUCAUCUAUGAUUAACUCCCUUCUCAAGGCUUAUCAUUCUGACUCCUUAGGUGGACAUUUUGGAAUACGAGAUACAUAUUAUAAAUUAAAGAAUAAAUAUUGGUGGCCGGAUAUGAAACAAUCUAUUGCUCAAUUUAUCAAGUCUUGUUUACCAUGUCAACAGUACAACGUUAGUCGAUCAAAAAGACCUGGUUUACUCUGUCCAAUUGAAACACCAACUGGACCUUUUCAGUUAAUUGGCAUUGAUUAUUGUGGACCAUUUAAACGUACUCCAAGAGAAAAUCAAUAUGUAUUAUGCAUUACUGAUUACUUUACACGAUGGAUUACUGCCGUUGCUUUACCCGAUUGUACUGCUCAGACAACGGCUCAAACAAUUUUUAAUGAAUAUAUCUGCCGAUAUGGUGUCCCAAUCUCAAUUUUAACUGAUCAAGGCACACAUUUCAACAAUCAAUUAAUGGAAUCAAUGACUCAAUUAAUUGGAUAUAAUCAUAUAUUAUCUACUGUUUACCAUCCACAAAGUAAUGGAAUGGUUGAACGUUUUAAUGCAACUUUUGUGCCCCAAUUGGCUAAACUUCAUGAUCGUAUCCAUGCAGCUACUCAACAUUCUCCAUUUCAAUUACAAUUUGGUCGUGAUGCACGUAUGCCCACAGAUACAACAUCAAAUUAUGUUUUUUACAAACCAUCAGAUUAUUACAAUCAAUUAAAGAAAAGUCUUAAAAUUAUCCAACAAAAUGCACGAAAUCAAUCUAAUUUUUUUCAUAUGAUUAGUAAAAAAUAUUAUGAUAAAAAUCGUACCAAUCCACAAUAUGAAAUUAAUGAUAAAGUUCUGAUUAAACUUCAUGGUUCAAGAUCAAAAUUAGAUCCACGCUAUUCAUUGACUCCAAAAAUUAUUAUUCAAAACAACAUCCAACUUAUUACGUUCGAGAUCAAUCAAAUGAUCAAAUUACUCGUGUACAUUGUUAUGUCCUUUCGUUCUCAUUCACCCCGUCGUGAUCUAAUGGAAUCGGCACGUGGUUCAAGUGGUAAAGCACAAAGUCGUCAUCGUCGUAAUAUUCGUUUAGAAGAACAAAACAAAAAUUAUCGACAUAAU